CUUCUCCGGUAUAAAAGCAAGGACCAGCCGCCAGUCGGUUGGGGAAAUUUGUACUUUCCUUCACGGCGUGGUGGUGUGUGUGUGGACCCUGAGAAGACUUGAUUUAUCUAAACAGCACGUCAACAAAGCUUUUUCCUCAGGUUUACCUCGUGGUUCAGAUCAGCCACCUCCUAAAAACACCAAGCAGCUCUGCCUUAAGCAGCCCCACCUGCCAGCUCUACACUGUAACAAAGCCAACCCCAAAGCCUUCAAAAUGAUGCAGAUCAGCAGCGACUCAGCCAGCAACAAGCACUCCCUCAUCAAUGUCAUGCACCGCUUCAUAGCAGCUGCCAACAACAUGGACGAGACCAUCAUGGUGCCGAGCCUGCUGCGGGAUGUGCCUCUGGAGGAGCAGGCGGCCAGCAAGGUGGAGCCAAACAACAAUCACGAACUGCCGUGUCCCAACAAGCAGAGGGACAUGUACGAGCACUACCUGCUCCUCAAGUCCAUAAAGAACGACAUGGAGUGGGGUCUGCUGAAGAGGGAGAUGAGCAGCGGCGCCAGCUUCCUGGAGAUGGCCGUGAAGCAGGAGGAGCAGCAGCCGGUCACCGGAGACCUGCUCCUGGAUGACAACUCGGACCUGGAGCACCAGUUUCACUAUCACCUCAGGGGACUGUUUGGAGUUCUGUCCAAGCUCACGCUGCAAGCCGACCACCUCACCAACAGAUACAAGAGAGAAAUCGGGGGCGGAAACUUCAUGAGAUAGAAGUCACUGUCUUCUCUCUUUCGGCCCCCCCACCCCCCGGACUGCUUGACUUGCACAAUGGGAUGUGUUGAGAAGAGCCCCCAAUCUCUUCCUAAUAGAUCUCAAUGGACAGGGAACUGACCAGGGUAACCACUUUAUGACCUCUCUCACUCCUGAGUAGCGACACUCCAACUUCCCUCUUGUUCCACCGACCAAACAUACCUGAAACCGGUGACGCCUGCACCUGUCCCUCUGCCUGAGGUCGACGCUUAGUGCUCGGUGGAGGUUUACUGAAUCUGUCCCCAAGUCCAGAUGAAGCACAGCUGUGGUUUAUGCAGAACCUUGCCCUCCCUUGUUUUUUUUGUCUUUUCAAUUUCAAGUUUGAACAUGAAUUUGCCACCAGAUUGUGAAUAAAAGAAGGUUUCUGACUGUAGGAGAAAUUGAAUGCUGGUUAUUCUGUCCCUCCUGUAAAACAUUGUAAUGCUGAGCUGAAGGGCUCUUAUAUAUCUGCAGAGGUUUUAAAUCUUUCCACCUGAUAUUACUGUAACAUGGCGUGCCUUGACUUUUUGUAUACCUUCAUGCCCUGUUCAGUUACCUCCCCAUUGUCUGACUGCUUAAAUGGUUCAUCAGGGUGUUCCUGAUGAAAUGAUUUCAUUUGUUUGUCCUUGGAGAUUUCAAAACCAAUUUUAUAUUGAAGCAGAAAUGCGGUAAAACUGAAAUAAAUAAUUGGAAACUUAA